AAGCGGGAGCGGGCGGCCCGGGGAACGAGCACCGACCGUUGCUUUCGCCAUCCCGCCGCGGCCAGAGGAAAGAACGGGAGGGAGGAGCGGAGCUGCUCGCACGGCCCGGCUCCCGGCGCGGGCUGGAGCGGGAGAGCGGAGGCGGGGCGGGCGGCGGGCAAGAUGAGCCCGGGCUCCCCGCUGGUCCUGCUGGCGCUGUCCUUCUUCGGCUCGCUCGCCGCCCACAAUGGGGAUCUUACAGUCAGAACCAUCUGCAAGCCUGGCUUUUCUGAAGAUGAUUACACGGCAUUAGUCUCCCAGAAUAUUCUGGAAGGGCAGAAGUUACUGAAAGUAAAAUUCAGCAGCUGCAGUGGGACAAAGGCAGUACAUUAUGAAACCAACAACUUGGGUUUCAAAGUAGGGUCGGACGGGACCGUUUUUGCUGCCCAUCAGAUGCAACUGCCACCUAAGCAGAUAGCAUUCAAGGUGACUGCGUGGGACCGCCAGGCCUUGAAGAGAUGGGACACCCUGGUCAGAUUAUUUGUGGGUGAGAAGCCGUUGCUACACACCGGACACAAGCAAAAAGGAAAAAAGAGCACAUCCCUCGAUCUGCUUCAGCAGCCAAGUGUUACGCUGUUUCCAUGGCCUCAGCAUCGAAACUCAAAUGGGCUGAGACGACAGAAGAGAGAUUGGGUCAUUCCACCAAUCAAUGUGCCAGAAAAUUCCAGGGGCCCCUUCCCACAGCAGCUAGUCAGGAUUCGCUCUGACAAAGACAAUGACAUCCCCAUUCGAUACAGCAUCACGGGAGUCGGAGCUGACCAGCCCCCCAUGGAAGUGUUCAGCAUCGACUCCAUGUCUGGCAGGAUGUAUGUGACUCGCCCUAUGGAUAGAGAAGAGAGAGCCUCCUAUCAUCUCAGAGCUCAUGCAGUCGACAUGAAUGGAAAUAAGGUGGAAAACCCUAUUGAUCUCUACAUCUACGUGAUCGAUAUGAAUGAUAACAGGCCAGAGUUUAUUAAUCAAGUCUACAAUGGAUCCGUCGACGAGGGCUCUAAACCAGGGACCUACGUGAUGACGGUGACAGCGAAUGAUGCCGAUGACAGUACCACCGCCAAUGGCAUGGUGAGAUAUCGCAUUGUGACCCAAAUGCCACAGAGCCCUUCGCAGAACAUGUUCACUAUUAACAGUGAGACCGGAGAUAUUGUCACAGUAGCAGCUGGAUUGGACAGAGAGAAGGUCCAGCAGUACACAGUCAUUGUGCAGGCCACUGAUAUGGAGGGUAAUCUUAAUUAUGGCCUCUCAAACACGGCAACAGCAAUCAUUACGGUGACUGAUGUGAAUGACAGCCCACCAGAAUUCACUGCCACCACUUUCUCCGGGGAAGUUCCUGAAAACAGAGUAGAGGUUGUGGUUGCAAAUCUUACCGUGACAGAUGGAGACCAGCCCCACUCACCAAACUGGAAUGCUGUCUACCGGAUCAUCAGUGGGGACCCUUCGGGACAUUUCAGCAUUAGGACUGAUCCAGUUACCAAUGGUGGCAUGGUCACUGUGGUAAAGGCAGUGGACUACGAGAUGAACAGAGCAUUCAUGCUGACCGUGAUGGUGUCCAACCAAGCCCCCCUGGCCAGCGGGAUCCAGAUGUCUUUCCAGUCCACAGCAGGGGUCACCAUUUCAGUCAUGGACGUCAACGAGGCUCCUUACUUCCCAUCGAACCACAAGCUGAUCCGACUGGAGGAAGGAGUGCCCACGGGUACUGUGCUGACCACGUUCUCAGCCGUGGACCCAGACCGCUUCAUGCAACAGGCAGUAAGAUACUCCAAGCUGUCAGACCCAGCAAACUGGCUGAACAUUAAUGCUACAAACGGUCAGAUCACCACCACGGCUGUCCUUGAUCGAGAGUCGGUCUACAUUAAGAAUAAUGUCUACGAAGCCACGUUCUUGGCGGCUGACAACGGUAUACCCCCAGCAAGUGGCACUGGCACUCUUCAGAUAUACCUCAUAGACAUCAAUGACAAUGCACCUGAGCUCCUGCCCAAAGAGGCCCAAGUCUGCGAAAAGCCCAACUUGAAUGUUAUCAACAUCACCGCCGCAGAUGCUGACAUUGACCCCAACGUCGGACCCUAUGUCUUUGAGCUUCCCUUCAUGCCGUCGACAGUGAGGAAGAACUGGACCAUCACCAGGUUAAAUGGGGACUACGCUCAGCUCAGUUUACGGAUAAUGUAUCUAGAGGCCGGCGUGUACGACGUCCCCAUCAUUGUGACGGAUUCAGGAAACCCUCCAUUAUCCAACACAACCGUCAUCAAGGUCAAGGUGUGUCCGUGCGACGAGAACGGUGAUUGUACCACUAUCGGGGCCGUCGCUGCAGCUGGCCUGGGGACGGGGGCCAUCAUCGCCAUCCUGAUAUGCAUCAUUAUUUUACUAACCAUGGUUUUGCUGUUUGUGGUGUGGAUGAAACGCAGAGAGAAGGAACGGCAUACUAAGCAGCUCCUGAUUGAUCCUGAGGAUGACGUGAGAGAUAACAUCCUGAAAUAUGAUGAGGAAGGUGGUGGAGAGGAGGACCAGGAUUAUGAUUUAAGCCAACUCCAGCAGCCUGAGACGAUGGAUCAUGUACUGAACAAGGCACCAGGAGUCAGAAGGGUGGACGAGAGGCCAAUUGGUGCUGAACCCCAGUACCCCGUCAGGCCUGUGGUCCCCCAUCCUGGGGACAUCGGGGACUUUAUAAAUGAGGGUUUGAGAGCAGCAGACAACGAUCCCACAGCACCCCCGUACGACUCCUUGCUGGUCUUUGACUAUGAGGGGAGCGGCUCCACGGCAGGAUCCGUCAGCUCCCUCAACUCGUCGAGCUCUGGGGACCAAGACUACGACUACCUUAAUGACUGGGGCCCCAGGUUCAAGAAACUGGCAGACAUGUAUGGAGGAGGUGACGAAGAUUAACUGACCUCACAUUAUCAGACAGAACAAAAAAAAAACAAAACAGAAAAGCAAACAGAAGACAGAGAAGCAAGAACUGUACAAAAGUGGCAGCUUUUUUAAUUACUCCCCCUGCUGACUGUGUUAUUUUUAGUGGUGAGUUAGGAGUUACUUUUUUUUUCCCAGAACAUUGAGCUGUCUAGCAUGAACACUUGUGGUCUCUGCUGCAAUUUUUUUUUUCAGUGUCAGCGGGGAUAUCGCUCAUUAUUUGCUUUAUGACUAAAGAGAGUGAAAGGCACUCUGUCUUAACUUGAAUUUCUUAGAACAGAAGCACUGUUUUUAAAAAAUAUAUAUAAAAGUGCCUUUUGGUACAUGUAUCAGAUUCCCUCAAUCUCAGGAGCGAUUAAAACAAAAAAGUCUCAACCAUCAUGGGCGGCACUCUCUAUGACCCUAAGCCAGUUCUAGCUGUGAAAGAGUUAACAAAGGAACUGUGGAGUUGUUUGGGGGGUUUUUUUGCCUUUUUUUUUUUUUUUUUUUACAAAAAAGAACAAAACAAAAAGCGGGCGACUUGUUUCACAAAAUUAAAAAAAUAAAAUGUUUUGAGUCCAAAUCAGAGCAGCCAUCUUCUAGAGUACGCAGGUGGUGAAUUAGUCCUCUUUACUGUACAUAGUUUAGUGUUAUCAGAUGCAAAUAUUGACUGGGAUCUCUCCUCUCACCUGGUCACACUCGAUGUAGCUGCAUAGACUCUAACUUUGAUAAAGCCUUCGACUAUCCCUACAAAGAGUCUCCAGUAGACCUGGCCGACACUCUGCCACCUAUCUCGAAAUGACCAAAUCUGCAUCUGUUUUAUGUUGAACUUUCAGUGUUUGACUCCCAGCUUUCGAAUCAUGUAAAUAGUGGCUGGGUGACACGCUGAUGACAGGCAUCCAUAACGAUGCUUGAUAGUUUCCAAGUACAAAUGCCAUUUUCGUUGCUUGAAGUUUCGCAGGGACUCAGCCAGGCACCUCAAACCCAAGGUCAGUGUUAAUACCAUUGCCUCUUCAAUUAGCUCCUCACCAUAACUUGAGUUUUUAGUUUGUCUAGUAGAGUGUUGAUGUCUCCAAGCAUCAAUAGCCAAAGCUGGGCAGCACCAUGAACAGCACCAGCUAAAGUGUGUCCUUUAUACUGGUGGGUAUUAGGCACUUCUGUCGAUAUUAAAUGUCUGCUGAAGAGCAACCAUGGCGUAACCAAUACUCUGCGGUUAGUGCUCCGAAUAUGCUCGAACAAUGCCAAUUUAGCGAGGGAUUUUGCAGCAUCCAGAGAGAAUUGAACCUCAGUAUUAGAAAUGGUAGCAAACUACCUAGUUUAUAUGUAGGGUCAUUUUUAACCAAUAACAAAUAGGUAUUAGAUUUGAAAAUUGCAUUUCUUUUCCUUUACUGAUUUGGACUUGUGGGUUUCCGUCUAAUGUUUGUAAAACGAGUUAGACUGCAUGGAUGUAUAAUGUAAACCACGUUUAAUGGAUUAUGAGCCACUUAAUUCAUAUGCUAUGAGUUCUUGGAUUCCCUAUGUUUUAUAUUCUGCGAAUGAUUUGCAGUGGGUAUGCUAAAAAUUGUAAAAGUGCUUAGAUCUCUUUUCCUUUCAGUCCAAGUCUGUGCACAGUAUCAAAAAGUGAUUAUCAGGGGAUGAUGAUGCUUUUAUGAUUAUUUUGAUAUUUAGAUUGAUUCUCAAGUUGAAUGCUGAGCAUUAAAGUAGAGUGUGUGAGGGCCAUAGUAACAAAUGGAUAUGGUUGAGGAGAGCACAUUAGGCAGCAAGAUCUUGGCUUUAGAUUUUCAAAAUGCUCCUACUGCAUUUUCUACUUGACUGUACCAUACAUUUUCUAUAAAACGCAAUUUCUGUAAAUUAAUGAGCAUUUGAAACGUG